AUGGCAGAAAGCGAGGUGGAUACACCAAGUACACCAAUUGAAUUUGAGAGCAAAUAUUUUGAGUGUGAUGGGAUUCGGUUGCCACCUUUCUGCAAAGGAAAGAUGGAGGAUAUUGCCAAUUUCUCCCUAAGGGGUAGCGACAUCUGGAUUAUAACCUAUCCAAAAUCAGGCACCAGUCUUCUUCAAGAGGUGGUCUACCUUGUGAGUCAAGGAGCAGACCCAGAUGAAAUUGGCCUUAUGAACAUUGAUGAACAGUUACCUGUCUUAGAGUACCCUCAACCAGGCUUGGACAUCAUUAAGGAGCUUACAUCCCCACGUCUCAUCAAAAGUCAUCUACCCUACCGAUUCCUUCCCAGAGGAAUGCACAACGGAGAGGCUAAGAUAAUAUACAUGGCCCGCAAUCCCAAAGAUCUGGUAGUAUCCUACUUUGAGUUCCACCGAUCUCUUAGGACCAUGAGCUACCGAGGAACCUUUCAGGAGUUCUGCCAACGUUUUAUGAAUGACAAACUUGGAUAUGGUUCCUGGUUUGAACAUGUUUUAGAAUUCUGGGAUCAUCGAAUGGACUCAAACAUUCUCUUCUUGAAAUACGAGGACAUGUAUAAGGAUCUCGGGGCAUUGGUGGAGCAGUUAGCCAGGUUUCUAGGUGUAACUUGUGACAAGCUUCAGCAUGAAGCUACGGUGGAAAGCUGCAACCAGCUCAUAGAACAGUGCUGCAGCUCAGAGGCGCUGUCAAUUUGUAGAGGUCGUGUCGGACUGUGGAAAGACAUUUUCACUGUGUCAAUGAAUGAAAAGUUCGAUGCUGUUUACGAACAGAAGAUGGGCAAAUCCACCCUGAACUUUGAUUUCUGUCUUGGAGAAAAAUCUGAUCCUGCACUUAAGUACCGUAAACAAUGA